AUGUCCUUCAACCAGACGUGCAAAGUGGAAGACCUUGUCCCAAAAAGUCUGCGCUUGAAGACACCGGUUGCAUCACCGUGGGGCCACAAGAUAAUUCGACAAGCCGAGAGGAAAUUAUUGGCCGCAAGGGUUCAAGAAUGCCGACAGAAAAUCAAGGAUUUGGAAACGGAAACGUUCUUCGCAAGGCGCCAGCUAGAACACACCAUUCUUCAGGACUUCCCGGACGUACAGCUUCAUGCAAAUUUCAUGGCGACAUUAAGAGACCGCCUGUGCAGGAAGUCGCAAGAAAGUAAGCUUGACGCUCUUAGGCCGAAGGAACCCACGCAAACCAUGGAAGUCAUCCUGAACUUAUCCUCCUACAAGCCUACUGAAUCUGAAGCCGCUCUUCUGCAAAAGGGCUUGAACUCCAACACUGGCGCGUCACCCAACCCAGCUAGAGUAAUCUGCGCCGUGGAACGCGCGGUCACUCAACUUCCUUCCGAAGUAAGAGAAGAAGCUCGCACCCGCGCCAUUGGUGUUCUUUCAAAGUGGCGGACGCGCAACCCUCAAGCCCGCUUUUCCCCUGCCGAGAAACAAGUCGUCAAGGCCCUCCGGAACAAUGACUCCAUUGCCAUCCUUCCUGCAGAUAAGGGAAAUGCCAUCGUGUUGCUCGACAGAAGUGACUACAAUGAGAAAAUGAAAGAUUUGCUAUCAGCCGAAGAUACGUACGUCGCGAUCCAGAAAGACCCCACGGUGAACCUGCAAACAAAACUGCAGAAGCUCCUCUCCAAGAUUUUUAAUUUUGUUCCACCGCAGCAAAAGCUUCUCUACCAUCGCCUCUUGUGCACUAACGGGUCCGCACCUGCAAUAUACGGACUACCGAAAGUUCACAAGCCAGGCGUUCCAUUACGGCAUAUUGUAGACUUUACAAGGUCACCGCUGCACCGGUUAUCAGGUUACCUACACCAAGUGAUGGGCCCGCUCACCUGCAAGACAGCGACGCACAUUUCAAAUUCUUCAGCCUUCGUGGAGAAAGUGCGCGACGUCUCCCUGGAUGAAGACGACAUUAUGGUGUCAUUUGACGUGAAGUCGCUCUUCACUUCAGUGCCUGUUGACCUGGCCGUAGCUACGUGCAGAGAUGUCCAGCUGGCGCAAGACACGCUCGCUGAGCGCACCCCUUUGGAAGUAGAGGGCAUUUGCGAGCUUUUAGACUUCUGUUUGAGCAACACCUACUUCACUUACAACAAACAGUUUUACAGGCAGAUCAACGGAACUGCCAUGGGUGCUUCCUUUUCCGUUACUACCGCUAACUUGGUCAUGGAAGUCAUUGAACAGAAGGCCCUCACUGACUUCGUUCCCGCGCCGAACGUUUUCGUCCGCUACGUAGACGACUGUUUUUGCAUUGUGCGAAAGCCGGACGCUUCACGCCUUCUACGUCUUCUCAACUCAGCAGACGAAGCCAUACAAUUUACCACAGAAUACGAGUGUGACAACAGCCUCCCCUUCCUUGACGUCCUCGUGCGGCGAAGUGGAACGAGGCUCUCAUUUGCCGUGCACAGGAAGGUGACUCAUACCGGCCAGUACUUAAACUUCAAUUCAUGCCACCCGGCUUGCCAUAAGCAAUCCGUCGUCUCAUCUCUCGUGACGCGGGCCACACGCAUCUGCUCAAGUGACCACGAAAUGCAGAACGAACUGAAGAAAAUUCGUGACGAAUUAUCCAGGAACGGGCACCCCAAGAAGUUUAUUGACAAAAUGGAAGCCCGGGUCCUCCAUCCAAAGCCGUCUCAAGGUUGUUAA